UCCUCGUCCCGAGAUGCUCCUGACGACUCCUCGGCGUGGCUCAGGGGCCAGGAGCCCGCGUGCAUCGCUCCCCGCAUCUGACAGCGAAUAUGGUAAAGCUGUAACUGAUGGGGCUGGAAGCUGGGGGCACCGUCCCCAGAACCAUUUCCUCCCGGCGCCUCGGUGGCCCAAAAGGAUCCCGGAGGUAACUGCAAGCGGCCCGCGAGCAGCCCGCGGCCGGCCCUGCCCAAGCGCCAGGCCCUUCGGGUCCAGCCCGGGAUGCCGGCCUCGGGGCGGGAGGCGCGGGUCCGCCGUCGCGCGCGGCCUUUCCUCGGAAGCCUCCGCCGCCCCGCGCUCCUCGCGCUCCGCGAAGGUACCUCAGGUCCCGGGCACUAGGCCCAGCGCGCUCCGGCCUGGGGGCCGGUCAACGCCCCUCAGGCCAUAGGCCUCCACUUCCGCGGCCCGCCCGCCGGAAGUGACGAACCGGAAGCUCCCGCUCCUCUUGGGGGGCGGGGAAAGAAGAUGGCGGCGCCCAGCAGCCGGUGAGGAGAGAGGACGCGGGGACCCCGGGGGGCUGCCGGACUCGUGCGUGAUGGCCGCAUCCCCGCAUACUCUCUCUUCGCGCGUCCUGACAGGCUGGGUAGGAGGAUGUGUCUGGUAUCUAGAAAGGAGAGCCUUGCAGGAGUCACCUCGUAGGUUCCUGCAUCUUCUCAGGAACGUCAAUCAACAGUGGGUUACAUUUCAGCACUUUAACUUCCUCAGGCACAUGUAUGUCACACAACUGAACAGAAGCUUCAACCAGCAAAUAAAACCAAAGCCGGAACCAGUGGCAUCUCCUUUCCUUGAAAAAGCAUCUUUGGAUGAGGCCAAAGCCGAAAUAUACGAGAUGAGACCUCUUUCACCCUCAAGCCUGUCUCUGUCCAGAAAGCCAAAUGAAAAAGAAUCGAUAGAACUAGAACCCACCCCAGUAAUUGAAGGCUCUAUAGCUGUGGGAACAGAGACAAAAGAAGAAAAGCAGUGGAAAGAGAUGAAGCUGUGUGUGGAUGAUUUGCCGGGAAUUUUGGCUCGGCUGUCCAAAAUCAAACUCACAGCCCUCGUGGUCAGCACCACCUCAGCCGGAUUUGCCUUGGCCCCAGCACCUUUUGACUGGCCCUGCUUCCUGCUGACUUUUGUUGGAACUGGCCUGGCUUCCUGCGCUGCCAACUCCAUCAAUCAGUUUUUUGAGGUUCCAUUUGAUUCAAACAUGAACAGGACAAAGAACAGACCUCUGGUUCGUGGACAGAUCAGCCCGUUGCUAGCUGUGUCCUUUGCCGCUUGCUGUGCGGUUCCGGGAGUCGCCCUUCUGACCUGGGGCGUAAACCCACUCACCGGAGCUCUGGGGCUCUUCAACAUUUUCCUGUACACCUGCUGCUACACCCCACUCAAGAGGAUCAGCAUUGCCAACACGUGGGUGGGAGCCAUCGUGGGGGCCAUCCCUCCCCUCAUGGGCUGGACCGCGGCCACGGGCAGCCUGGAUGCUGGAGCCUUUCUUUUGGGAGGAAUCCUCUACUCCUGGCAGUUUCCUCAUUUCAACGCGCUGAGCUGGGGCCUCCGCGAAGACUACUCCCGGGGCGGCUACUGCAUGAUGUCGGUCACCCACCCGGACCUGUGCCGGCGCGUCGCCCUGCGCCACUGCCUGGCCUUGGUCGCAAUGUCCGCCGCGGCCCCCGCCCUGGACGUCACCACGUGGACCUUCCCCGUCAUUGCCCUCCCCAUCAACCUGUACAUUUCCUACCUCGGCUUUCGGUUCUACAGGGACGCAGACCGGAAGAGCUCCCGGAAGCUGUUCUUCUGCAGCCUCUGGCACCUGCCCCUGUUCCUGCUGCUGAUGCUGACCUGCAAGCGGCCGGCUGCGCAGGGCGACGCGGGGGGGCCGCAGAGCUGACGGCAGACCGGCGCGUGGGGAGAAGCAAAACACAUCCAGGGAGACGCACAGGUUUUUUUUUUUUUUUCCCUUUGCUGUUAGGCAAGGAUAUUUUGGUAAUUCCAAAGCACCAGGAGAGAAGUCGCUGCGUUGAGAACGAGAUUGUAAACUAAUUUGGUGCUCGGUGAUCACUCGACAACUCUUUCCACGGUGAUAUCCAAAAUGCUCCCCAAAUAAGAACUGGGUUGGCUCCGCAGGUUUACGUAAGGAGAGCAUUCCUCUUUGAGGGUCUUUACGGAGCUCUUCUCUAACCCCACCCACUUGUCCUCUCCCUCAGGUAAAAGUGCGAGCACACCUUCCUUUCUUAGCCCCUCCACGCACGCUCCCCAGCUGCCGACCGGGGUGACCGGACGAGGUGCACACUCGCACGCUGGUAUCUGUGGUUCCGUGGCCUCUGGUCCCUCGCCGGCUGUCAGAAGAAAUGCAGGCUGCCAGUCGCAGCCCCCCUUCCUGUGAAUGAGCCAGGGCCCCCGGGUCUAGCUUCCUCCGUCCCACACACACUCUCAGCCUCAUCUUCCCUCAGACGAUAACAGAACACCAAGGACAUGCUGCUGCCCAGCCUCUGCAGGAAGAAUUCCAAACGGUUGUCUGGGGAAUCUCAGACUGGACCACCCACCGCCCACCCUAUCACGUAUCAGCAUUUCAGAAACGCCAAGGAAUCAAAGGCAUCUUUAAAGUUCACUUUAAAAUAUGCGAGGUGUCAGAGCGUUUCUUUCUGGAAGGGUCAUGCUAGACUUAAAGCUAGAAAUCCCUCCGGCUCUGACCCAUCUCGUCCUCUCUAGUCACUGCUGCGGUCAUCAGCUCGGCUCAAGGCUGAGUGAGAGGGGAAAUCAGAAAGGGGUCAGCCGGCCCACAUAGCUCACAUUCUUGUCCCUUUAGUGAGGAACACAUUUCCAUUGUGCUAUCUUCUAAAUUCAGAAAUUAGCCUCCACACGUCCGGUGGCUUGGAGAGCCAGAAGCAGGAGCUGGACUCCGGAUGGGGAUGCUUAAUGGUCCUGGGAGGCACAUGGGUCCCUGCAGACAGGGGUGGCCUCUGUCACCAGCAGUCUCCUCAGCCCUCACGUCCACCUGCUUGUCCACUGUCUGUCCCGUUUGCCCGAAGGUCUUGAAGCUUAACAGGAUACUUUAGUUACUCAGUGCCCCCGAAGGAAUCCAUUUGGGAAUUUAUGCAACCCUUAAACAGUGCCUGCAAUAUGCCUGUUCUCUCAAAACUUUCCAGAGCGAUUGCAGAUAGCAUCUGAUCUCUGUCUCCACUUACCUGAAACAUCACCUCUUGGCUGCAUCCAGGUCGCACUGUGGGAACUGGCACGGGUGUGUCUGGUGGGGACAUCCACAGCCCUCAGAUUUGUAAAGCGAGUCGGUUCUCUUCCUGCUGCAAUAAACCAGCACCUCAAA